GUGCCGACGCCGGCUGCUACCCCCGGAUCACCAUGAUCGCUGGGAAGUUUCUUAGAGGUUUUCUAGCCUGAUCCAUGCGUUUUACUGAUGAGGAUCCUGAGGCCUAAAAGGAGGGAGUGACGCCCACCAUGGAAGAAACCGUAGAAGAUCCCCCCACAUCCGCUGUCUUGCUGGAUCAUUGUCAUUUCUCUCAGGUCAUCUUUAACAGCGUGGAGAAGUUCUACGUCCCUGGAGGGGACGUCACAUGCUAUUAUACACUCACCCAACAGUUCAUUCCCCGUCGAAAGGAUUGGAUUGGCAUCUUUAGAGUGGGUUGGAAGACGACCCGGGAGUAUUACACCUUCAUGUGGGUUUCUUUGCCCGUUGACCUAAACAGCGACUCAGCCAAACAGCAGGAGGUCCAGUUCAAAGCUUAUUACCUGCCCAAGGAUGAUGAGUAUUACCAGUUCUGCUAUGUGGAUCAGGACGGCGUGGUCCGGGGAGCAAGUAUCCCUUUCCAGUUCCGUCCAGGAAAUGAAGAGGACAUCCUGGUUGUUACCACUCAGGGUGAGGUGGAGGAACUCGAGCAGCGCAAUAAGGAGCUUCGCAAAGAAAACCAGGAGCUGAAGGACACCUGUGUCAGCCUCCAGAAGCAGAACUCAGACACGCAGGCUGAGCUCCACAAGACGCAGGAGGAGCUAGAAACUCUAAAGAGCACCGCUCAGAAGCUGGAACAGGAAGCAAAGGCACAGAAGGACGGCUGGGAGACGGAGCUGCUUCAACUGAAAGAACAAAACCAGAAGAUGUCCUCAGAAAACGAGAAGAUGGGAGUCAGGGUGGAGCAGCUCCAGGCCCAGCUGUCAACUCGAGAGAAGGAAAUGGAGAAGCUCGUUCAGGGAGAUCAAGAUAAACAAGAGCAGUUGGAGCGUCUGAACAAGGAAAACAGCCAGCUUCUUCUCACUCUAACCCAGCAGAAGGAGCGCCAGAAGAAGCUGGAGCAGACAGUAGAGGAGAUGCUGAAGCAGGAAGAAACAACCACCCUGAAGAAACAGCAAGCGUUAAAGGAGCCUAGGAACAAGACAACGGCAGUGGAGGAGCAGUUAGUACAAGAGGUGGAGCGCCUCCAGGCAAAGGUAGAGGCCGGGAAAGCCUGUUUCUUAGAGAAGUACAGAGAGUGUCAACGCCUCCACAAACAGAUCAGGCAACUCAGGGCUGCUGCACUGGAAGUGAAGCAGGACCAGAAGAGCCAGCAAGAGCCCAUGGGGAUGGGGAGCCAGGAGCCAGCAGACGAGAACGCUGGCCUGUCGAGAAAACUGAGUGAGAACAAGAUUAUAUAUGAUGCUCUGCAGAAAGAGAAAGAGAGAUUGGAAAGAGAAAAUGAUCUUUUGAAGAGGGAGAACAGCAGAUUGCUGAGUUACAUGGGUCUGGAUUUUGACUCCUUGCCAUACCAAGUGCCGACUUCAGAUCAAGGAGGUGCAGGACAAAACCCGGCCCUCGUCUAUGGAAACCCCUAUUCCGGUAUCCAGGAAAGUUCUGCCCCAAGCCUGCUCGCCGUCAAGAAGUGCCCCACCUGCAAAUCCGACUUCGCUGGCGACAUUCUUGAUUUCACCUCGGAGCAGCAACGCCCACAGCCCCUCUGUUUGAGUUGUCCGAUUUGUGACAAGACCUUCCCAGCAAAAGAGAAGCAGAUCUUCGAAGACCAUGUGUUCUGCCACAGUCUCUAAGUGUUCCGGCCUCUUGGAUCUAUACCGUACAUAGAUUUUGAUAGAGUAGAACCUAUAGCUUCUACUUGGAGUUAUGACCCAAGACCCUGCCUAACGUGAAAUUAUUAGGGAUUUACUCAGUCCUGCUGCCCUAAGGGUGGAGUCAUGCUGAUUAUGUGGUGAGGGCUGUUACUUCCAUCCUUGUGGGUUACUACUACCUUUUAAAUCCCAUAACUAGCCGUGGCCUGCUCUCCCCUCUGGUGCCCAGCCUUCCGAGGGUCUCCAGCACAAGGGCCCUGGGACGGAACUGACCGGCUUGACUCGAGCACUAAGUGAUUCAUUUUCCGAGUUGUCCCAGCGCCCUUCAAGGUCAGGCCUUGAGUGGUUUUGCACUCAGUUCUGAGUCUUAAGCCUGCGGCUGGUGAUUGAGCAGAGGUUGAGAAUUUCUUCCUCCUCCUCCUCCUCCUCCUCCUCCUCAGGUCCCUUCCUCCCACUGAUGGCAUUAACCUGGGCAAAAAUGUCACUGCAGAGAACUCGGUCAUCCAAUUUGGAGACCAAAGGUUUCACAGCUCCCAGCAGAAGCAUCUUAUUCCUGAACCCUGGACACAAAAUAUUAUUUCAAUCACAGGCCUUCUUUCUCUCUGGAUACCUCUGUUUGGCAUUUUCUACUCUUCGAUCUUUCCUAUGCACGUAACUUUUAUUGUUGUAAGUCCUUUCGUAAUGAUUAGUAGGACCUGUUAGAAACUGGGUUUGCAACUUUCUGAGCAGGUGAGUUUUGAAUAUGGAGAAGUCAGAAUAAUGAGAGCUAUUAAUCUCUUUAAUACUAAAAAUAAACUAGUCCUCUGUUUCAGGGACGUGGGUAACUUCAA